AUGGCGCUGCGGGCCGUCGUGCUGGGCCCCCCCGGCUCCGGCAAGGGCACCGUGUGCGAGCGCAUCGCGCGCCGCUUCGGCCUCCCGCGCCUCUCCAGCGGCCGCUUCCUGCGCCAGAGCCUGCGCCACGGCGGCGAAAUUGGUGCCUUGGCAAAGCAGUACGUGGAGCGAGGGCUGCUGGUGCCCGACCACAUCAUCACCCGCAUCAUGACGGCRGAGCUGGAGAAGCGGCAGGGCCAGCCCUGGCUCCUUGAUGGUUUCCCRCGGACGCUGGGCCAAGCGGAGGCGCUGGACCGCAUCUGCGAGCCCGACCUGGUGAUCAGCCUGCACGUGCCCUUCGAGACGCUCAAGGACCGGCUGAGCGCCCGCUGGGUGCACCCGGCCAGCGGCCGCGUCUACAACAUGGACUUCAACCCGCCGCACGUGCACGGCCGCGACGACGUCACGGGCGAGCCGCUGGUGCAGCGCGACGACGACCGGCCCGACGCCGUGGCCGCCCGGCUCAGGAAGUACAAGGAGGCGGCCAAGCCGGUGAUAGAGCUGUACAGGAGCAGAGGUGUCCUGCACUCCUUUUCGGGAACCGAGACCAACAAAAUCUGGCCGUACGUUUACGCUCUGCUUUGCAGCAAGAUCCCGCCGGUUCGCGCCGAAGAGGAGAACUGACCGUUUUGUGCGAAGGACCAAGAACGGCUGCAACUGAGUGCCUGGUGUCUCGACCCAGUGCUGGGGCUGGGCUCAAAUCCUAGUGUCUCRAGUAGCUUCCCUGGGUGUGCGGGAUAACAGCCGUGGAAACACGGGGAUAGCCGCUACGGGGAUGCAGAGACCUUUCUUUCAAAGCUCCAGUGUGUAGAAUAAGUGUUUUUCAGGCUACAAAGUAUUUCUGCACGUGAUCCGGGUACACUGAUCGACGAGGCAAUCCUAGGUAGUGGCUAUAGCAGGUUUAUGUCCUGUGCUGUGAUUCCCCGUGAUUUCCCUGCCCAAAGUCUCCGUGCGAGGCCGCCACGUGCCAUUCCACUGCUCCGCAGUACCGUCUACCAUAGAUUGCUCUAUACGACUUGUUUUUUAAGUUAUUUUCCAUUAGAUAUUUUCUAUAAAUUUUCUCAGAGAAAUAAAGCUCUAGAGCGCAAGGCUUAGCCCAGUGGGAACUGUCUAACUGUCUACUGAGCGACGUAGAAAACAUUUACACUACAAAGCUUGGAAAUGUGGAGAUUCCAAUCUGUGGAGACCACAUUCCCAGUGUUAAUAUGCAUAGAGGAGGGAAAAUACUGGAAAUUAGAUUUAUAUUUGUGCUUUUUUUUUCCAUGAGAGAGAUGGAAAAGCUGUUACAAAAAGCUGCUACAUGGUCUAGUCUUGACAAAGCGAUGACCAGCAGGCUCUGUGUUGGAGAAGAGUCGCACUCAUCUGUGCUUAAAUCGUUUAUAGCUUUUAAUCCUUAACGGGAUAUGGCCGUUUUGCAGUAGUUCCUCCCAAAGGUCUCUUAGGUGAGUUUUUCUCUGUUGGAGAAAGCCGCUGGUUCCGUCUCCCUGUGCAGGUGAGGUGCUCUCCCUCGGGAAGCCUUCCCGGCGCCCACGGCCCGUUUCGGCACGGGGGACCCUUCCCUGCUGCUUCCCCCAAACUUGCUGCAGUCGGAGCCCCGGCGCCGCAUGGACUUUCUGCCAAGCUCGCCUUCUGCUCCGGGGCGGGAUGUUGAUCUUGGCUUCUCCAGACCGCAAGUCCUGCACUCCCACCCAGCGUGGGGUCUCUGCCAGCAUAUGGUACCUAAUCUCCCGGGACAUCCUUUCCGUCCCCCUGAGUUGCCUUAUUUUAUACAGUAUAUAUUUAAGAAAAAAAAAAAAAAGCCAGAUGUGUAUUUUUAAGGUUUAAAAAAGCGCUGAAUUUUAGCUCCCACUUUUGAGGGCUCUUUUUCCUUGCUGGGGUUUGCCAAGCUGCUGAUGGCAGUGGAGGAAAGGGCUGGGACGUUUCCUUUUUAAAUGCCGCCUGCCCUGCUUGGGGGCAGGUUUGCACAGAGCUCCUGAAUGCUGCAAUGUUGGGAAGAGACCAAACACGGACCAAGGCCGGUGGUGGCCACCUCCCUCCUCGCUCCCUGCUCG